AUGGCUCAAUAAGUGAGAGAUUUUUUACUUAAUUAGCAGUAAAUAAGAAUUGAUUCUUCUGGCAUCUCCUCCCCUUAAGUUACUCCAAAUUAUAUAGGACAACAAAAUUAGUAUUAGAUAAAUUAUCAGUAAAAUAAUUAUAACUUAAAGAUGCCUAUGAAUAAUUUCCAACCAAAUGAUUCAACUUACUUCGGAAUUCCUUUGAGUAAACAUCCUCAUUAUCAAGAUUUAAAUUAACACUUAUUGGUAAAUCAGUAGCAAUAAUAAUUUUAUCUGCCUCAGGGAGUGUUUAAUCUUGAAUAAUAGUAAUCUAAUUAUAAUCCUCAGAAUAAUAACAAUGUCAACCAAUUUACUUCUCCUGUUGGAAAAUCUUCAGUAAGACAUCCUCAAAACGGUUCUUAAUAGCAAAAAUCUACUGAGACAAACAAUGACUAAAAACAUUUAUUAAAUUACAAUUAAUUACAAAUUAAUAGAGCAUCCAGCGAAAAAAUUUCUCAGUUAAAUUCUCCUUGCAUUUACCCAAGUCAAUAUAGUGCUAUUUAAAUGGGAGACCAUCCUUCAAAGAACCAUUCAAGUGUGCAUUCGUUAGAGUCUUAGAUAAACUUAAACUUAAACUCAAACAAUCCCUCGUAAAAUACCCAAUCAAAAAGUAAUUAUAACAAUAACAAUAACAACAACAUUAACUCCCUGUAACCUCAAGCCCCUUCUUCUCAAUCAUAUUCGAUAGACUAAAGAAGACUUAAAAUUUAGGACUUUAAAGUGCACGAGUGCACAAAAAGAGAUAAGCAUGAAAAGAAAAAAUGCCCAUACUUUCAUAACUAGGGUGAUAGGAGAAGAUGUCCUGAAAAAUACUAAUAUUCAUUUAAUGAAUGUAAAAAAAAAGAUAAAUGUCCCCUCAAAGACAAUUGUCCAUAAGUCCAUAAUAAAGUAGAAUAACUCUACCACCCUCUCAGGUACAAAGCAAAAUUUUGUGAAUCAUUUAAAGAAAACAACUAGAAAUGCGAGUACGGUAGUUUCUGCUCUUUCGCUCAUGACGAAAACGAAAUAGUCAUUCCCAUGAUAUGCAAACUUCCUAAAGAUGCUAUUUUCUACAUGUAUUUCUACAAAACUGUUUGGUGUCCCAACACUUAAAAACAUGAGCGCGCAUAUUGUCCUUAUAUGCACAAUGUAUAAGAUUUUAGAAGAGAUCCUAAAUAAUUUUAGAUUGAACCAAAGUAAUGCGAUCAAUGGAAGAAAUCUAAUAUACAAAAAUAUUCCGAAGGAGAAUGUCCUUUGCAGCUUAAGUGUAAAAAUUGCCAUGGCUGGAAAGAAUACGACUAUCAUCCUAAAUUUUAUAAAACAAAGUCUUGCGACACUCAAAACUGUUAAAAUCAAGAAUGCGUGCACUAUCAUUCUGAAUAAGAAAGAAGAAUUGUUACUGAAGAGUUGCUGAAAAAAGAAGAAAAAGAGGCAAAAGAAAAGCUUAAAAGUUUAAUUAACUCAAAUAUUCCCUACGAUGUCAAACUAGGAGCUCCUAUUGAUGUUUUUUAUACUGAACAAGAGGAAGAAAUGAAUAAUUCAAGCAAUGGAUCAAAUGCAAAUCUUAACCAGAAUAUGUCUUAUCAUAACAACAGCAACAACAAUAAUAAUAGCAAUUCAAAUAGUAGCCACAGCAAAAAUAGCUCAAAUACAGAUUUAAAUAAUCAAAAUAACUUAAAUUAUAAUCCAAACAGCAAUAAUUAAAAAAAUAGAUUUAAAUCUAAUACUGUGAAUAUUUAAAACAAUUCUUACCCUCAAAACAGGCAAUAAUCAAACAGCUAAUAUGGAUAGUAGUAAAAUUAUUACAACCAUAAUUAAAAAAAUCAUGAUAAAGCUGUUAACCACUAAAGGACUUAUGAUAAAAAACAACCUAAUUUCAAUUAAAAUAAUAGCAAUAACAACAACAACAACAACAAUAAUAACAACUACCACCAUCAAAAGUAGUAAAACAACAGCAAUAACAUUUACUAAAAUUUUGCCAAUAAUAGUAAUAAUAAUAAUAACAAUAAUUACAACAAUAGUAAUAGCAAUAAUUAUUUUGUAGAUAACUAUCAAAAGAAUCUAUAUUAAAAUAACCAAAGCAAUAAUAGGUAAUAACAAAACGCUAUUUAUAACUAGUCUAAUAUGAACAAUAUCAAUAACUUAAAUUAUUUUAAUACCAAUUAUUAAAAUAAUUACAUUCCUUACUGUGCUAAAAGUUAAAAUUAAAGUGACAUUGAUCAAACAACUUCCAGCAAAUCGCAAUCUCAGCAGUAGUCUAGAGAUUCUUCUUUAGGAAAAAAUGAUUCCGAAUAACAAACAAUCAUAAAUGAUAGUGAUAGAAGAACCAUACAAAUCAACCAGGAGGAUAUAUUUUUCUAAUUCAAUGAACCAAAAUUAAAAUAUAGUUCAGAGCUUCGAAAAUGUUUUGAAAAGAAAUCUUAAACAGAGUUGUAUGAAACGCUCUUACUUAAUUAUUUUAAUGAUGAAUAGAUAUUGAAAUUAGCUGAUACUGAUAAUUACUUGCUACCCUUCUUAAACGAUAACCAAAGCAAUACCCUUAAGAAUAUCAUUAGUUAUUACUACGAAGAAUAAGAUUAUAAAGAUAUUCAAAAGCUUGGUAAAAUUUUUGAUGAAAUUACUUUCUGA